AUGACUACUACUUUCUCCUCAUCCUCUCUCUACGUCGGUGACCUCCACCCAGAUGUAUCUGAAUCCCACUUGUUCGAAGUUUUCAACCAAGUUGGUCCAGUUGCUAACCUUAGAAUCUGUCGUGAUAACACUACUCGUCGUUCUUUGAGUUAUGCUUACAUCAACUACCACAACUCAACCGAUGCUGAACGUGCAUUGGAUACCCUCAACAACACUCCAAUCAAAGGAAAGGCAUGCCGUAUCAUGUGGUCUCAACGUGACCCAAGUCUCCGUAAGUCAGGUAUUGGAAAUAUCUUUAUCAAAAACCUCGACAAGACUGUCGAUCACAAGGCUUUGUAUGAUACCUUCUCUGCUUUCGGUAACAUCUUGUCCUGCAAGGUCGUCACUGAUGAGACCAACACCUCAAAGGGAUUCGGUUUCGUCCACUACGAGAGCCAAGAGUCUGCUGAGAAGGCUAUUGCCAAGGUCAACGGUAUGAUGAUCAACAAUCAAAAGGUCUUUGUUGGUCCAUUCAAAUCGUCAAAGGAGAGAGGAGCCACCCAGGAAGUUAAGUACACCAACGUCUUUAUCAAGAAUCUCUCUGAGGAUGUCUCUGAACAACAACUCACCGAUUUGUUGCAAGCCCACGGAAAGAUCACCAAUCUCUGCAUAAUGACCGACGAGAAGGGUAAGAGCAAGGGAUUCGGUUUCGCCAACUUUGAGCAUGCCGAUGCCGCCAAGGGUGCCGUCGAAAACGAAAACGGAAAGAUGUUCUCUGGAAAGGUCAUCUACGUUGGUCGUGCCCAAAAGAAGUUGGAGCGUGAAGCCGAACUCAAGCACAAGUUUGAGACCAAAUACCAAGGUGUCAACUUGUACAUCAAGAAUCUCGAUGACUCUAUCGAUAGCGACAAGUUGCGUGCCACCUUCUCUGCUUACGGUACUAUUACCUCCUCCAAGGUCAUGAGAGACGACAAGGGAAGCAGCUCAAAGGGAUUCGGUUUCGUCUGUUACUCCACCCCAGACGAAGCCUCCAAGGCUGUCGCUGAGAUGCAUGGUCGUAUGGUCGGUUCAAAGCCAUUGUACGUUGCCUUUGCCCAACGUAAGGACGUCCGUCGUGCUCAAUUGGAAGCUCAACACACCAAGUUCAAGAGCUCACGUAUGCCAGUCCAAUCGAUCUACCCACCAACCGGUCCAAUCUUCUACCCACCAGCCGGUAUGCCAGUCGUCUAUCCACAAAUGAUCCCACGUCCACCACGUGCCGGAUGGAACGGUCCAGUCCCACAACAAGGUCAAUACCCACCAAUGCAAGGUCAAUACCCAAUCAGAAACCCACGUGGAGGUGUACCACCAACCGGUAACCACCGUAACCAACCAAGACCAAGACCAGACGGACAACAACCAGCUGCCCAACAACCAAUCGCCCAACAACUCAUCGCUGAGCCACAAGCUGUCCAACCAGAGGUCACCUUGGCCACCGUUCAAUCGAUGCCACGUGAACAACAAAACUCAUUCUUGGGUGAAUUGUUGUACCCAUUGAUCCACGCUUCCCAACCAGACCUCUCUGGUAAGAUCACUGGUAUGCUCCUCGACUCACUCACCGUCGAAGAGUUGUUCACCCUCUACCAAAGAACUGAACUCCUUGCUGACAAGAUCAAGGAAGCUUUGGACGUCCUCACCAACAACACUAACGAGACCCCAGAACAACAAUAG